AUGAAGAGGGAGGAAUCUGUACAAAGAUACAAUAAUCUGUCCAGAAUGAUAAAUUGCUUUAUCUGUUUCGCUGGAUUUCUGUUCACAAUCUACGGAAACUUAGAUAUCGACCACAAUAUGCCGUUUAAUAUUGUGUGGUGGAUAUCGCCCAAGAAGUUUUUCUUCAUCACCAACUCUACGCUCUUGCUGAGUACAAUUGCUUUUGCAAUGUCUGGAUUUACCUACGGAGUCAGCGCGCGCUACAAGUCCAAAGUCAUAGCAUCUCACAUCCUGGCAUGCGCACUCUCUGCAGAGGUGCUGAUUUGUCUGAUUUUCUGGCCAAUCUUCUGGAGUAACCCGAAUCUUGUGUUUCCCCUUGCCUCGCUUGAAGGCCCGCAGAGAAUCAGCUUAUUUUGCAAUCUGUGCAUGCAUGCUCUGCCAAGUGUCUUUCUAUUUGCCACUUACGCCCUAGACCCGAGAAUAAACCCACCGAGCUACAACGGGCUAUUGUUGUACAUUGCCUAUAUAACUGUUCUCUCAGCGGCAUUCUACCAGAUCAACGGAUAUUGGAGAUACAAAGUGCUAAAAGUCUUGCCAAAGCCUGCUCUUUUUGCUCUACCCAUUGUUCUCUUUUUUGCAGGAUGUUUUACUGUGCGAUGCAUGUACUUUGCAAAGCUGAAAGUCAGAAGAAGCAAAAUGUUUGAAAAACUGACAAAAAUCGCGUCAUUCAACUCCGUUCUUGUGUAG